AUGAACAACAUGUUUAGGCAUGCACUUACUUCCACGGCGCUACCAAUUCUCUUAUUGCUGUUGUGCUUUGGCAGCGGAGCUGCUCGCGCCGAGGAAAGUGUGUCAGAGAGUGUUGAACUUUUUACACCAGGAAAAACAUCAUUGUCCGAUGAAGAAAAGAAUAAAAGUCCCAUUUCAGGUGAAACCGUCAAGUCAUUCUACGGCCAUUCACUUGUUGAUGUGGAUGGUUUGAUGGUUGUCAUUGCAAAGGCUAACUACCAAAGCACCUAUUCGAAUUAUGGUGAUGCUGACACUUGGUCAAGGCACGCUAUGUAUGGAGACAACAACAAUUUUGCAAAACCCACUGUAGGGGAUGAAGGUGAUUGGAGUGCAGCGGUUGUGGUUAAACGAGGAGGACAAGAGCGCCAUUUUACCUCGCUGUACGAUACCAAGGCUGUGGCGAAGGAUGAUAAAAUAUUUCUUAUUGUGUCAAAGAACAACUUCGGCAAUGAAACCUCAUACACUUCAUUGUAUAACUCAGAAGUGGAUCCUGAGUUAAUUGUUGGUGAAGUUAAGGGGACCGGAAAAGGGAAACACGUCUCAUGGACGGAGCCCCUCUCUUUGAAGACAAAGUUCGAAGCACAGAUGACUGCGAAUUAUUGGAGGAAGCUGGAUGGUGCUCAUGGGGCCAGAGGCAUUUUGAUUGGGGAAAAGAGGAUUCUUGCCUUCCCUCUUGUGGCAACCAGCAGUUUAGAUUAUGGAGACCGAACUAUCUGCACAGUCAUCUAUUCCGAGGACAAUGGGAGUAAUUGGGAAUUUCCUGCUAAGGCUGCUGUUGCUGAGGAUUGCAAAGAUGCCAUUCUCCUCGAGUGGGAGGGGAAAGUCCUCAUGUUUGAGGCAUAUAGCUAUUGGGGGCGAAGUGUCUACGAAUCCAGUGACAUGGGGAAGACAUGGAAGAGUGCUGUCCGCUCAUCCUUCCAUCUUUUGAAGUACGCGGCUGCGCUCGAUGAUUUCAGUGCUUCUGACGACCUCAUUACUGCUAACAUCGAAACAAAGAGUGUGAUAUUAUACACUUCAAUUCCGCUGCGUAAGGAAAAAACACGCGGAAGAAUUCAUCUGUGGCUCGCUGACGGGAGUCGAGUUCAUGAAGUGGGGCCAAUAUCCGUGGAAGUUUCGAUCAGCAACACCUUCAGCACCUUGCUAUAUACAAGGGGUGAGUUGUUUGCCCUUUACGCGAAGGAUGGCGUGAAUACAGGCUCGAACAGUCUUGUUUUGACGCACCUCACGGAGCAGAUGCAGCGGAUCAAGACCCUGCUGCAAACUUGGAAAAGUGUGGAUGAAAGGGUCUCAACGCUUUGCAGCUCCAGUGCUAGGAAGAGCGCACCAGAAGGUGCUGUCUGCGUCGGUCAUUUGCCAACUAUUGGGCUUGUUGGUUUUUUCUCUGACAAUGGCAACGCCACUCAUUGGAAUGACGAGUACCUUGGUGUGGAUGCCAGGGUUUUCGGGGAAGUAAAGAAGGUUCAGUAUGGCUUUGAGCUGACAGGGAGCGGCGCAAAUAUUGUAUGGUUGCUUUGCGGAAAAUAUUCGAAGCUAGCUGGGGUAAGGGGCUUUUAUUGUUAUUACGAACUCACUCUUGUGGCGACGGUGACCAUCAAGAAGAUUCCACAAGGAAUCACCCCGCUGGUUGGCUUGAACAUUAUUUCCAAGAGAAGUCUAACGCUCUUUUACGACAACCAGAUGCGCUGGAAGAUGGGGGAGAAAGAAGAAGAGGGUCCACAAAAAAUUGCCUGGGAACUGGGGAAAGCCUACCGAGUGGUAAUUACGGUGCACAAAGGCGAAGGCUCGGCUUACGUUGAUGGGCAACGUGUGGGGAGUUUGGAGGGAGGCCCUUCAUUCACCUUGGAAGAAGAGAUCACUGCUCCGACUCACCCCGAUGAGGAUACACCGUCGGCGUCACGUGAAAGUGUCUUAAAUAUCUUCUUUGGAAAUAUUCAGGCUGGCCAAAAAGAGGAACAGAACCAUGUGACAGUGACGAACGUACUUUGGUACGAUCACUGCUUCAGUGCCACUGAGGUUGAAGCAAUGGAGAAGACGAAGAAAGAGGCGCAACCGCCUUCAAAGACUGCUUCUCCCAAAGAGGCGACGCGUCCUCCCCAGGACGUGUCUGUUGAUAGAGAAACGAGUUCGUCUUCGGGGAAAGGAACGGCGUCACACGAUGCACCAAUGUCAGACAAGAAAAAAGAUUUAUACCCGUCCGCGCAAGGUCUUGCGAAACCACCAAAGGGGCAGGAUAUUGGUGACGUUUCUUUAACUGGGCCGCUAGUUGGAGUGUUAUGGUUGCCUUUGCUUGGGCUCUGGGGCUUGUCAGUUCUUUUGUGA